AUGGCGUCGUCUGAGCCGUCUUCGUCAGCGCGCACCUUUGAAAACUCUACCAUCGAUUCAGGCUUUCGAUUGCGACCGCCCCGUUCUCUGCCUCCCUGGAUUGAUUCCUACGAGGCGAGAUAUGGACCGGUCAGCGACGAGCAGCUCCGUCUCCUGAAACUGCCGGCUCGGAUUGUACAGCACCAAAGCAACUUUGCGCCCGUCGAGCCGCAGCGCCGAGUUUCCAGAGAUGGUUUCGUCGCGUGGGAGGAUGACCCGCAACUAGGCGCCGCUCGAAAGGCAACGUCACGGAUCCCUCAUAUCCUCCGGUACGGUCGGGCCUCGAUGCGUGGCCGCAAGUGGGAUCACCUUCGUUCCUCUGAGCCCGUCAUAGUUUCCAAGUACAAGGCCGCGUCGCCGCAGAGUUCCUUGUCUUGGUCCGACUUUGUACGUUCUUCCUCUUGGGGCGGCAGGACCAACGAGGUGUCGCAAGUCGUCAGCUACGAUGCCUUGGACCGCCUCCAGCCGAAUUUCAACAGCGAGAUCAAGGUUCAGUUCCACCACGCAGAGGGGCGGGGCAAGGAUGGUCGAAGAUCCGCUGCUUUGUCGAAGCGAGUCUGGAAUGGAAUCACGCAGCACCCGCUCUCCCCCUUCUUCUUCCGGCUCGGCGUCAUGGUCACUUCGGUUUUGGCUCUCGGCAUGUCAGCUCGCAUAUAUCAGCUGGAAAACACCCUGCAAGUUCGUAAUGCGGAGCGCACACAGUCCGUCGUCGCCAUUGUUGUGGAUUGCCUGGCCGUACCCUACAUUGGAUACAUGAUUUGGGAUGAGUACACCGGGAAGCCUCUUGGUCUCCGCUCUGCCAUGUCAAAAAUCUCGCUGAUACUGUUGGACCUGUUCUUCAUCAUAUUCAAGUCUGCCAGCACGGCGUUGGCCUUUGAAAGUCUCACAUACCAUACCACGUGGCAUGCUUUGCUUACACAUCUGUCCAAGGUUCUGGCUGCCUUUCAGCUCAUUGGCCUCAUGUCCUGGUCCAUGACGUUUACAAUCAAUAUCAUCCGGACAGUGAAACGAUUGGGGGGUGGAGGGGAUGACAACAAUGACUCCAACGUAUGA